AAUGGUAUAGACCAUGUUUCCGCGGUAAAACUGAAGCUAACAUCAUGGCGGCCUAAAGUUCGAACCAAACUUGACGCUCGCUGUAGCAGCCGUCAGUCCCGCCCCUGCCUCCGCUGCCCUACUUAGCAAGACUAGGACAACCUUAGAUGAGUAGUACGGCACACCAAAAGUUUCCAGGAUGUCUCUGAGGCGAUACCGUCGCGACCGUUUAGCCAUCAAACUUUUUGAAGCCAUCGGGCGGGACGAUAUCGGUCAAGCAGAGGCACUACUAAAGAAAGGUGCAGACCCCAACCUGCUCUUACCCACACAAGGAGUAACACCCUUCCAUCUGGCAGUAGGAGUGGAUCAUGCGCUGGACUUUGUUAAACUGAUCUUGAGUUAUGGUGGCAACCCCAAUGUCAGGGAUGAAGAAGGAACCACACCCGUACAUGUGGCAGCAUCCUGGGGUAAAUUGAAGUGUCUGCAACUGCUGAUUGUCAAUGGAGCAGACCCUCACACCAUAGACCAGGAGGGUCGGACAGCUCUUGACAUGGCACUUGACUAUGGAGAGACCUUCUGCAUCCAGGCACUACAGGAGUAUGAACGGUCUGCCAUGGAGAUGGGAAUGGAGGAUGUCAUUCCUCAGUACAACUACAGCUUACUGUGUGGAGAUGUGGUAGACUAUGUGGAGGAGAUGGCCUCCAACUCUGUGCCAAACUUCAGCUUGUCUCGCGACCUCAGCGCCAUCAGUUCCCGCCUGCCCAGCUUUGGAGACCCUUUCACGUCCAGCCGCAUCUCCAGCUUUGGGGCUGGUCUGAACGCCUCCACUCUGUCCACGUUUAGUGUUCCGCCAAUGAGUUCUACUCGCAUCUCAAACUUUGGUCCACCCAUCAGCCCCUCAGAUUUAGAAUCAAGCCAUCUGACAUUGAAAGGGGGGGCCAAGCCAGUCAAGCCAGCUGCCCUUCCUAAAACUCCCAAUAACACACCUGAGAAAGCUGAAAAGAACAAACCUAGAUCAAGUAUAUUUGGUGGAUUCAGAGGAAACAACAGAGUUUCCCCCACAGACAUAGAAACCACUCAAAGUGCCAAAUACAACGUAAAAGUCAUGGAACCCGAAAAGCCAUAUGUGGAUGAGGUUGAUUCAGCCAAUGUCUUUCAAAAUCAGAACUUUCAACAGCCACCAUCCUACAAACACCUCUUUCCAAAAGAAGGAGCUGCAUCUGCCAAUCCAGUUGGCAAGCCAAGUCAGUUACCUAAAGUGUCCUCCCCAGACCCUGAUGUGUCUUUCCCUAAGCUGCAAGGCAGCACUGGUUUUCAAGUCAAGCCUGACGACAGGAGAAAAACACAAGUCUACAAACGUCCUGGAACUGGGAACUCCACAUAUAGCAUAGACUGUGGCACACAAGUCACCAGACCCUCCAGGCUUCCUCUAGUUGAUUCCCCUAAUGACCCACCAAGGAGAGUCACCCAAUCAUGGAGCAAGAGAGAUGCUAAGGUGGGGCCCAUGAACGAAAUCCAAGAAGCAGCACAGGCUGAGACCAAGGAUGUUGGCACAGGAGUACAGGGUUACAGCCUGCUGGAGAGCUGCUUUCAGAGAAGAGGUUUGUCUCAUCUCGUAAACCAAACCCUCCACAAGUUGCAGAAAGACAAGAAAGAUGUAGAGAAGAGAGAUGUAGAGAAGAAAGAUGCCGGUACUUCCAUGCACAUAGACAGUCCAAGCAGGGAUGCAGCAACAUCUAUGGCAGUUGACAGCCCAUGUAAGUCCCCAGAUGUGUGCUCUCCACCUAUAACUCCCAUGAAGGAUGCUAGCACCUCACCACUUGUGCUGCAUGAAAGGAAGUUCAAGUCUGCUGAACAAAAAGAAAAUGGGCAACUUGAUCAAUCUGAAAGGGUACCAGAAAAUGGAGCAAAUGAGUUCUUGGACUCAAAGAAAAUGAAGAGAUUCAACUCCAAGCAAGGCAUUGACUGCACUUCCCCUGACAAGUCUAUUGAGUUUGUCAAGUCCUCCAGUGAGUCAUGUGAGUCGAACAGUGCCUUCCUGGAAAGAACAUCAGUCUGGGUCAGUGCCCUUGAUGAUUCCCUAAACUGUGACGAGGACUGGGAGGAAGAUGACAACAAGUCCUCUGUCCCUGCACCUACUGAAGACAAUUCUGAAGGAAUCAGGAAAACAGCAGAUAAGGAGAAUGAUGAACAUGACAACACUAGCCCUACGUCUGAUGACAAUCCUGAUGUUAAGCCUACUUCAGGUGGAGAGGAUGAUGAGAGUGAGGACCAGAAUGAUGACAGAAGAAGUGAAGACAAAAAAGACAAAGAACUAGACACACAAACAAAAGGUCUAGAGGAUAGCACUGAAAGCACUGCUGCACUAGACAAAGGCUUUGUAGAAGAAAGUAGAGCAAAAACAGACAGACAGCAAGAAAUGAUGGGAGACAACAAGGGAGAAACAGGGGCGGAUAAUGGUGAGACCAGUGCUGUAGAAAAGCUUUCAGAUGGACACAUUUCCACACACACACAGAGUACUGAUGAUUCUGUUGAUGAUGCUGUGGUAGAAGAAAUGGCUGAGGAAGCUGAGGAUGAAGGAGAGGAUGGUGACGAUGAAGAUGAUAAUGAAGAAGAUGGGUCUGGUACCCACAAUGAUGAAGUUGACACCCAGAUAGCGAUGCAUCUGGAGGCCACAGGUAUGACAGAGGAUCUGACAACAGUCACUGCCUUGGGGGAGGAGGAGGUUCAUAUAUCAGGAGAAGAGGAGGAGGAUUUGUGUGAUGAUGAGGAGAACAGAGGGUUGGAAGAGGAGGACACAGUGUCUGAUGACAAAGAAGAUGACCAAUCAUCAGACAGUGAUGAGGAUGAGGACACAGAGAGAGAGUUCUCUACCCCUGGGGAUCCAUGCAUGAGACACCAGAACAAUCAAUCUCCAGAGACAAAGGAAGAGAAAGCCACAAAGCAAGACACAGAGAGUAUUAGGGGCAAUAGAGAUUCUUCAGGGAAUAAAGGACAGGCAACAGUUGAUACAGCCUCUAAUGUUGAAGGAAAAGUGAAUGAAGGUGAAAAGUCUUCCAUUGCAGUUGGAAUAUGUAACAGUCAGCCCAUAUCAGAAAUGACAAACUUGGUAGAUACUUUGUCUAAGAAACUCAAUAUAGGGCCUAGCACCAACAAAACCGAACCAUCCAAGGGUGUCCAGACACAAGGGGAGCAGAAACAACAAGAGAAGAGUUUCCUGGACUAUUCCUUCUCAGAAAAAUUUAAAAGACGACUCAGUGACACACUGGUGGCAAGAAGAAGUCAGCUUGCAGCUGGCAAAAUGACUGUAAGUGAGAGCGAUAUAAGUGCCACCCAACAACCAUGCUUUCCUGGAAGACAGGCAAACCAGAGAUUUUCAGAUGUACAGCGGAAUAGCAGUGUAAAAUUUGACUAUUCUGUAACAAAGUUACCUUCUGUGGAUGCUGCUGCUGGGGAAACCUAUGGAAUGCCGUCUAAGUUAGUCCCUGGGGUGCAAAGGCCAGGCUGCCUCAAAACAACCUCCAGUGCCACCCAAUCGAGCAAAGCUGUUGUACCUUCAGACAUCAGACAAUCAAGGAGUGAAGGUGGAGAGAAAGAGCCAAGAGUUCAUUUUAUGAUUUCUUCUCAUCCAAGAAACCUUAGAGGUUUUGAUAAAGAGUAUGAAAGUCCUGGAAUGUCAGACCAUUUCAAGGAGAAACUUGGCCACAGGUUUGCAAAUGUUCAUGGUGGGAAUGUGGCUGAAAACAGCCCAGACAAAAGUGAGUAUUGUACCCCAGUCUCAGACCCAAGACUUCUGAAAGACCCGCUUGUGAGAACAGGGACAGAUGCAAGGAGAAUUGAUGACAGCCUGCUUGGCAGUUCUGUAGGCAGCUGUAGAAAAAAGCUUCUUGGUUCAUUUGCAGAGGUGAGCAAUGUGACCAAAGAAGAUGCAAGCCUUGUGACUACAUCUCAAACUGCAACCAUGCCUGUCACCUCAGACAGCCAACUCAUUCCUGAAGAAGGUAGUAAGACUACUGGCAAUGGAGUUGCCGAUGAUGACUUCAAAACCAAAUAUUUGAUUGACUAUGCAGACAAGUUAAAGAAAAGUAUACUACUGAACCCUCCUAAGUGGAAGCCUUAUGAAGGCAAAGACCCCCUGACAGAGGAGGAAGAUACCCUGAAGGCCAGUGGCACCCUGUCACCUGGCUCAGCCACCCUGGUGUAUAACAGUGUGGACCCCAGGGAUGAAGAGGCACUGCUCCUCGAUGGUGGACUGGUAGAGAGAAGGAAGCAGCUGCUUCAAGCAAAAGCAAGAUACAUGAGUGAAAUAAACAGUAGAAGUACAGAGGGGUCAACCAGGUCUGUAGGUGCGAGUUCUAAGUGGCAGAAUGAUGCAUCAUCCUUGACUCAAGCCUUUGAUCCCAGCAGUGGUCAGUCUUCUGACAUGGACACUCUAGAUGGAGACUUUAGAAGAAAGCUCAUGUUGAGGACCAAGUCAAAUGUCAGUGCAGAAAGUGGGCAGAGUAGUGUUCCUUCGUAUCUUGUUGAUCACGACCAGGAGACCAUUCCCUAUGCAGUGUGGGUUCCCAAAGGCUACAAAGGAGCCAGGCCCUCUCAAGGCCAGGGCGAUGACGCAAAGGUGGCAUUCAGAAGGAGACGUGCAGAGAAUGCCAGGAAGUUUACAUGUUUGAACAGAUCACGGAAAGACAGGUCAGACCUGAUGUCAGACAUGGAGUUCCUCACCUCAGACAACACUACAGAUGAAAGCUUACAGUCCAUGUUGGGACUAGACAAAGAUCGCUAUGCACAGAUCUUUAAGAAGCCUGCCUAUCACUUUGAAAAGUCAGUAGUAACAACUGAUGACAGCAUGCAGUCUGUCGAUGAGAGGCAGACUACUCAGCGCUUCAUCCAUCCCACGCCAGGACCGCAGCAUCACUUUACAGGCGGAGCUGCCAACAGGUCAUUGAUGACGUCCGACGACAGUCUGCCAUUAGGUGACCAAGAACGAUAUUCCCAGCGAUACAUAAAACCACCUGUUGCUCCUGUAGCCUCAAAGAAUCCCAGUCCUCCAGAGAUAGAUUUUCCCCUCUCUAGUGAAACUGAAAGUGUAUCCAGUCAGGAACAGGAAUAUCAUGUAGAAAAUGAGGUCAGCCCAUUUGCGAAGACAAGGCGCUCUUUUGAUCCAGAUGCUACUGUGGAGUACUUAUACACUGACAAUGGUGACGGCAUAGCACUUAUCGAGCGUAGGUGUCCCUCUAUGUCAGGAUCAUCCCACUACAGUACUGCAUUAGAGGACCAGUCCACUGUGAGCUGUGAAGACACUAUCCUGUAUGACUGGAAGGCCUACUUUGCUGUAGAGAGCGAGGUGGAGUCAGAAGCAGAAGUGGUCCACAUUCCUCCAGAGUUCCAGCAGCUGAGCGACCAACAGCUGCGGGAGAGGCUGGAGGCACUAGGGGAGCUGCCUGGCCCCAUCACCAACUCUACACGAAGGCUGUACCUGCUUCACCUGGUCAAACUCCUGAAGGAUCCAUCUAUGGUUCGCUUCAGCACCCAGCAACAAUCAGGAUACCUCCCCGAGCUGGCUGCAUGUCUCCAUGGUAACCCAGUGAAGGACAUGAUGGAGGAAGAGGAGGUUCUGUCACGUCAGUUUGAGGAUCCCCAGAGGAUGUGGAGGGAAGGUCGUCUCAAGUCCUCCUUUAACUACCUUCUGUUGGACCCCAGGGUUACCAAGAACCUCCCAGCUAGGGGAAGGUACAUGACGGACACAGAGAUCUUCAAGACUUUUGUAUCCUCAAUUUUCUACAUUGGCAAGGGGAAGAGGGCACGACCAUAUGCUCACUUUGGGGAGGCCAUACAGCAAAUGGAAAAGCCAAAACACAAUCCAAGUGACAAGGUAAAGCACAUCCUGGACAUCUGGGCCAGUGGACUGGGUGUGGUCUCCCUACAUUGUUACCAGAGUGUCAUUCCCGUGGAAGCCUAUACAAGAGAGGCGUGUAUGGUGGAGGCCUUUGGUCUGAGCAGACUAACCAAUAAAAAGAAGGGUGACUACUAUGGUGUAGCAGCCACAUGGAGGGCAAGGAAGAAGAGGCUGAUGGGAGUAUAUCUGCUGAAGAAGGCCAUGCAGAUAUUCCUGAGUGAGGGGGAGCGGCAGAUCAGGCCAGCUGAUGUCAAGAUUGGGCAAUGAUGUUUGUUCAACUUCCAAAAAUGUACAGCUUUGAAUGCUCUUCACUUGAAUUAUAUGUUUCUUGACAAUCUUGAUUGCAGUUCCCCUGAACAUGAAAUACUACACAUGAAAACAUGAAAAUUACACAUAUCUCUAUAAGCAAUUUAUGAUCUUGCAUUGUUUCCUUGAGCAUUGUUACUAUUGCUGACAAAAUUGUGCAAACUUUGAGUAGUAUGGUUAUCUCUUCACCUGUAGCAUCAAAUGUUUGUUAUUGAAACCUUUAAUUUCUGCAGCAGAGUAGAAAGUCCACAAUAUUUACUGAACUGGCUUGCAGACUGACAGUUCAAUGUUCUAUAGUUCAAACAGUGUCUUAUAUGAUACUGUUUUUAGCUAGUGACUUUUCUGUUUUAUCUCAAUGUGGAAAGUGAUGUCAUUUAUGGAUAAUCGCUUGUUUUUAUUCAGAAAUGUGAUGUUGACUUUUAUCACAGUGUGAUUUCAGGAGACGUUUGAAUUGCUAUAGUUGAACACUGGUUCCUAGUUGUGCAUUUAGAUGAAGUUAUUCCCGCCAUAUCCGUUUCAAACAUUUUGUUGGGAAAGUUUUGUUAAUAUCUGCGAUAAAGUUUGUCAUAUUAGAAUGGUUCUGCUGGAAGACUACUUGCCAUUUUAUGUUGCUAUUUACUUGUAAAUGUUUUUCUAUGAUGUACAGUUGAGUUGAAGACUACAAGGUUUGUAGUUUGUCCAGACAAAGUUGUAAAGCAAGGUCUUAUUUUUUUUACUUACAUGAUUGUAAAUGUUGUAUGAUUAAGAUGUUAUGUAAACAUUACUCAAAUCAUUUUUUUCUGUAUCAAGUUGUAUACAAAAGUUUGAUUUUAUUUCUAUUUGGUUUUGUAAGUUCUGCUCAUAACCACCUUGAUUUAUGAUGCAGAGAGAUGAACUGUUUUCUCAGGAAUUACCAGUGCCAUGUUCUAAAUGGUAAUAAAAUCAAUGUUAUGCCAAAGGCUAAAUGAA